AUGGGUGACUACUCGAAAGCACUUGAAUUUUACGAAAAAUCACAUAAAAUCCUCGAAAAAGCUCUACCUCCGAAUCACCCUCAUUUGGCUAGUUCCUACAACAACAUCGGUCUAGUGUAUAACAACAUGGGUGACUACUCAAAAGCACUUGAACUUUAUGAAAAAUCACUUAAAAUAAGAGAAAAAGAUCUGCCUCCGAAUCAUCCCGAUUUGGCUAGCUCCUACAACAGCAUCGGUCAAGUGUAUAACGACAUGGGUGACUACUCGAAAGCACUUGAAUUUUACGAAAAAGCACAUAAAAUCCUCGAAAAAGCUCUACCUCCGAAUCACCCUCAUUUGGCUAGUUCCUACAACAACAUCGGUCUAGUGUAUAACAACAUGGGUGACUACUCAAAGGCACUUGAAUUUUAUGAAAAAUCACUUAAAAUAAGAGAAAAAGAUCUGCCUCCGAAUCAUCCCGAUUUGGCUAGCUCCUACAACAGCAUCGGUCAAGUGUAUAACGACAUGGGUGACUACUCGAAAGCACUUGAAUUUUACGACAAAUCACAUAAAAUAAGGGAAAAAGUUCUGCCUCCGAAUCAUCCUCAUAUGGCUACUUCCUACAACAACAUCGGUAGAGUGUAUAACAACAUGGGUGACUACUCGAAAGCACUUGAAUUUUACGAAAAAUCACAUAAAAUAAGGGAAAAAGCUCUGCCUCCGAAUCAUCUCGACUUGGCUUCUUCCUACAACAAUAUCGGUGGAGUGUAUAACAACAUGGGUGACUACUCGAAAGCACUUGAAUUUUACGAAAAAGAUCUCGAAAUCAAGAAAAAAGCUCUGCCUUCGAAUCAUCCCGAUUUGGCUCAAUCCUACAACAACAUCGGUGGAGUGUGUUACCACAUGGGUGACUACUGGAAAGCACUUGAAUUUUACGAAAAAUCACAUCAAAUCUUCGAAAAAGCUCUGCCUCUGAAUCAUCCCGAUUUGGCUAGCUCCUACAACAGCAUCGGUCAAGUGUAUAACGACAUGGAUGACUACUCGAAAGCACUUGAAUUUUACGAAAAAGAUCUCGAAAUCACGAAAAAAGCUCUACCUCCGAAUCAUCCCAAUUUGGCUAAUUCCUAUACUUGCAUCGGUCAAGUGUAUAACAACAUGGGUGACUACCCGAAAGCACUUGAAUUUUACGAAAAAUCACAUAAAAUCCUCGAAAAAGCUCUACCUCCGAAUCACCCUCAUUUGGCUACUUCCUACAACAACAUCGGUCUAGUGUAUAACAACAUGGGUGACUACUCAAAAGCACUUGAAUUUUAUGAAAAAUCACAUCAAAUCUUCGAAAAAGCUCUACCUCCGAAUCACCCUCAUUUGGCUAGUUCCUAC